GUUUUAUCAGAGAAUGAGCCGGGGCCACGGUGGGAGAGACACAGGGAGGAGAGGCAGCGACACAGAGGCAAGAUUCAGAGUGUGUGUAGCAGCCAGUAAUUACUUUCCAGCGUCUGAACCAAUCGAGUGCCGUGGAGAGAAAUACAGAGGGAGGAAGCCCUUUCCCUUUUAGAUUCUCGGUCUAGAGGCAGACACAGUGUUUACUGAAUCAGAGUCAGAGAGAAGAGGCGGAAGUGUUUCCUCAGAGCGGCACAGCUCAUCCUUUCUCAUAUUUGACGACUCGUGCCGGGUGAAAACAGAUGGACAAGAUGAACCACAGCUCAGCUGAGGCAGAAGCUGAAACCAUAGAACCCCUGCGUUACCUCAGUAAAGGGGAGAUGGCAGCGAUCGAGACAGAACUACUGAAGGACUACAGGUUUGGACAGCAGCAGCUGAUAGAGAUUUGGGGACAAGCAUGCGCCCUGGCCAUCACUAAGGCCUAUCCUCUCAGCUCUCUAGGGAAGAAGCAGCCUACAGUUCUGGUGAUCUGUGGCCCAGAUCAGAACGGCUCCAUUGGCCUGGUGUGUGCCCGACACCUGCGCAUCUUUGAAUAUGAGCCCACAAUCUACCACCCUAAGCGCUCCUCUCACAGUCUUCACCAGGAUUUCACGGUUCAGUGCGAGAAGAUGGACAUUCCUUUCCUCUCAUAUCUCCCGACAGAGGUGCAGCUCAUAAACGACGCCUACAACCUAGUGAUCGACGCCAUGCUGGGCCCAGAGGCAGACCUUGCCAACAUAAAGGAGCCAUACUCUGGUAUUCUUGUCACUCUGAAGCAAGUCAAGAUUCCCAUCGUCAGUGUGGAUAUACCUUCAGGUUGGGAUGUAGAAGAGCCGAGUCAGGACGGGAUAAACCCAGACGUUCUCGUCUCCCUUACAGCACCAAAGAAGUGCGCCAUGAGUUUCUCGGGGAAGCAUUUCUUGGCCGGACGCUUCCUGCCAUAUGAUAUCCAGAAAAAAUAUGAGCUUAACCUCCCUGAUUACCCAGGAACAGACUGCCUCAUAGAAUUGUAACACAUGGAAACACGAGAGCGGGCGUGGCCGCUCAUUUUGAAAACGUUAAUGGUUAAUCUAUUCUCUCGGUUUGUAUUUUAUAGGUUGUUAAUGUGAUUUAAUGUUAACAUCUCAGUUGUGUAGAUCAGGAUACACAUUAGCCAAAUGUGCUGUUGAGCUGCAGUAGAAGGAUAAUAUUUAGAAGCUGUGGUCCAAGUCAUGUCUUUUUAGGGAACGGCAUGAGGAGUUUUGUGUCAGUCUACUCGUAAAAGCUGUAGCAUUACACUGUUUUAUGAUUACUUUGCAAAAGAAACGUCUUCUCCCAGAGACAGCAAAGAAAGAUGAAUUCUCUGUGACGCCAGUCGGUGGAAUGUUUUGCUCUUUCAAAAUCGUCCUUUUAUCGUUCGGAUGCUUUUAAGUUAUGCUACUACAGAAGUGCGCCGCUGCUGCUGAGAUGAGUUGGUGUGGGUUGGCCAUUUAAAAUCUUAAGUUACUGUGUUUUUUGUUGUUGUUGUUUGUUUGUUUGGUCGGCCUGCACGCACUUCUGCAAUUCUUUUGUUUCAGUUACCUCAUUAGCUUUUACAAUGCAGUUCUUUUUGUUCAAUAAAAAAAAGUCAACUUCCAAA